AUGAAAUGUGAUUCAGAGCAGGGUUUGUGCACCCCAGUGGCAGGGCACGGUACUGGCACCACGUUGGUGCCCAGCUUGGACACGCGCUCCAACACGCACCCCAACACGCGCUCCAACACGCGCCCCAACACGCGCUCCAACACGCGCCCCAACACGCGCUCCAACACGCGCCCCAACACGCGCUCCAACACGCGCCCCAACACGCGCUCCAACACGCGCCCCAACACGCGCUCCAACACGCGCCCCAACACGCGCUCCAACACGCGCCCCAACACGCGCUCCAACACGCGCCCCAACACGCGCUCCAACACGCGCCCCAACACGCGCUCCAACACGCGCCCCAACACGCGCUCCAACACGCGCCCCAACACACGCUCCAACAUGCGCUCCAACACACGCUCCAACACGCGCCCCAACACGCGCUCCAACACGCGCCCCAACACGCGCUCCAACACGCGCCCCAACACGCGCUCCAACACGCGCCCCAACACGCGCCCCAACACGCGCUCCAACACACGCCCCAACACGCGCCCCGACACGCGCCCCAACACGCGCCCCAACACGCGCCCCAACACGCGCUCCAACACGCGCCCCAACACGCGCUCCAACACGCGCCCCAACACGCGCUCCAACACGCGCCCCAACACGCGCUCCAACACGCGCCCCAACACGCGCUCCAACACGCGCCCCAACACGCGCUCCAACACGCGCCCCAACACGCGCUCCAACACGCGCCCCAACACGCGCUCCAACACGCGCCCCAACACGCGCUCCAACACGCGCCCCAACACGCGCUCCAACACGCGCCCCAACACGCGCUCCAACACGCGCCCCAACACGCGCUCCAACACGCGCCCCAACACGCGCCCCAACACGCGCCCCAACACGCGCUCCAACACGCGCCCCAACACGCGCCCCAACACGCGCCCCAACACGCGCCCCAACACGCGCCCCAACACGCGCCCCAACACGAAGAAGACGGCGUUCCCGCUGACCCUCGAGGCGCGGGUGACGGCGGCCGGCGGGACGAUGGCGGCCGGGGCCUCGACGCACGCCUCGAUCGUGACGGAGCUCCAGGCGUAG